AUUCAAUCUCAAAGCUAUUACCCUUUUUGUUUUUUAUUCAAUUAUAUUAUUUAUAGUUCAAAGAAGACUGAAUAUUUUGAACACACCCCAUGUGCGCCUCUAACCUGUUCGGUGAAUUGCCUGAUGGACACAAAUUAAAAGAAAAUAAUGAUAAUAUUAAUAAUAAUAAAGUUCUAGCAUUGAUGGUUACAUUGCAGACCAUUAAAGACAGAUAACAGAUUGCAUUACAUUCAUUCUAGCUAGUAUCCACACCUCAUGCACAACUAAUCACAACCAUUAGGAGUGUGAAUUAAAUGCCAAUAAUAAGCCUUCAUUAUAAGUGCACACACAUUUCUCUUCUAUUCUUUUGAGGUCUCUUUCUUAAUAUACAUUCUAUUGAGGUAUUUUGGGAUCUGGGUUUUAAUUGUUUUUGUUGUUUCUUGAUCUCUAGAAGUAUAUAUAAUUUUUUUAGUAGUUUGUUGAUAAGUUCCUUUCUAAUAAUAAGCCCAGAAACAGUUUAUGUGAUUUCGUGUUAAGGUUGCUUUUGUUUUGUCUGUGUUCUGUUUUUGUUCUUUGUAGCUUCCCUUUUCUCCUCCCUCAUUGUUUGUUGUAGUCAUUCUUGGAACUUUCUUUGACCAAGUUCUUUGUUUCUUUUUCUUUUUUUUAAUCUCUUUUUUGUGUUUCGCAUGCUUAUAUAACAUCCAAAUGUCUAUUCUUUGAUGCUCAUUGGCUGCUCUCUUUAGUUCUUGUUUUAGUUAUGCUAGCAUUGACUAUCUAUCUUACAAUCUCUCUUUGGUCAGUGCUUUAGGAUUGUGUGAUGUAGAAUAGAUUGUUUAGCAACCCACAAAAGUUUUGGGAUUUGUUUUUUCUGUGCCGUGCUUGCUUGAUUCUACCAUUUUUUUCUUGCUUUGAUUGAGCAAUGGAUAGUUCUUUAUUCUAUAUUCUUUUCCUUUUGUCUCUUUUACUCUAUUCCUGUAUAUCCUCUCCUCUUGAAGAUCAAGAGAGAGACAAAAUUACAUAUCUACCUGGACAACCAGCAAAUGUAGAAUUCAAUCAAUAUUCAGGUUAUGUGACUGUGAAUCAGCAAGCUGGGAGGGCAUUGUUUUACUGGUUGAUUGAGUCUCCAGCAAGUCGUCGAGCUGAAUCAAGACCACUUAUUUUGUGGCUUAAUGGUGGGCCCGGUUGCUCUUCUGUUGCUUAUGGAGCAGCUGAGGAAAUUGGACCCUUUCGCAUUAAGCCUGAUGGAAAAACUCUUUACUUCAAUCCCUAUGCUUGGAAUAAGUUGGCGAAUUUGCUAUUCCUUGAAUCUCCUGCUGGUGUUGGCUUUUCAUAUACAAACACAACUUCAGAUUUGUACAACACGGGUGACCAGAGAACUGCUGAAGAUGCAUAUGAAUUUCUAGUCAAUUGGUUUGAAAGGUUUCCGCAGUACAAACAUAGAGAUUUCUACAUCGUUGGAGAAAGCUAUGCAGGUCAUUAUGUUCCUCAGCUGUCUCAAAUUGUUCAUCAAAAGAACAAGGGAAUUCAGAAUCCAGUUAUAAACUUUAAGGGAUUUUUGGUGGGAAAUGCAGUCACUGAUGAUUACCAUGAUUAUGUUGGCACCUUUGAGUACUGGUGGACGCAUGGUUUAAUUUCUGAUUCUACCUAUAAAACUUUGCGUGACACCUGCAAUUUUGAGUCCUCUCUGCAUCCAUCAGCGGAAUGCAUCAAGGCUCUCUACCUUGCGGAGCUGGAGCAGGGAAAUAUUGAUCCAUAUAGCAUUUUCACUCGGCCAUGCAAUAGUACGGCAUCGCUCAGGCGCAACUUAAGGGGUCAUUAUCCCUGGAUGUCCAGAGCAUAUGAUCCCUGCACUGAGAGGUAUUCUAUAGUGUACUUCAACCGCCCAGAAGUUCAGAAGGCAAUCCAUGCAAAUGUAACUGGGAUCCUGUACGAAUGGAAAACAUGCAGUGAUAUUGUUGGAAACUACUGGGCAGAUUCUCCACUUUCUAUGCUUCCUAUAUACAAAGAACUUAUUGCUGCUGGUCUGAAGAUAUGGGUUUUCAGUGGAGACACUGAUGCAGUGGUUCCUGUAACUGCAACCCGAUACUCCAUUGAUGCAUUGAAGCUACCAACUGUUACCAACUGGUAUCCAUGGUAUGAUAAUGGAAAGGUUGGUGGAUGGAGCCAAGUAUACAAAGGACUAACUUUAGUAACAAUAACUGGAGCAGGACAUGAGGUCCCACUCCAUCGCCCUCGACAAGCUUUCAUUCUUUUCAGGUCUUUUUUGGAGAACAAGCCAAUGCCUAGCUAAAUCUCAUUGAUUCACUUAAAUCUCGAAUGAAUAAAAAUAUACAGAUUAUAGAAUUAUUUGUAUACAAGGAAUCUGCAGGCAAAAGAAUAAAAGAAGCACUCCUCUCGAGUGCUCUACCAAUCAUUCUCAACUCCAUUUCUAUGUCUUGAAGCUGUAGAAUAUUCAUAGGAGGGGCAUUGAUUCUUUAUAGGUCUUAAAUUAUUGAAGUUGCUGUAUCUCUUCCCCCAACUAUUUGAUCAUUCUUCUGUAGGACUUUACCCAUUUUGCAAGCAUUUCAUAUGUAAUUGAAUUUAUUGUAAGUGUUCGUUAUUUUGUAUCAUUUUUACUA